AUGAGUGCCGCGCAUGCCCCCACUGCUCCCGUCCACCCCGGCAGCUUCGUGGCUGACGGUGGUGGCGACGGCGACGACAACGGCGACGAUCCGUCCCGCGAUAAGCCCCUCAAGCCUGCCCACACAGUCGACGCGGAGCCCAUCUUCUCCGGGGACGAUGACGAGGAGGAACAGGCGGCGGACGACGACGCCGGUGCCCCUAGUCCUGGGGGGCGGCCGAAGCAGGCCGAGCCGUCCGGGUUGCAGCAGUGCAAUGUCUGCAACAAGGCCUUCGGUUCAGUGAAAGCCUUGCAUGGGCACAUGCGGAGUCACCCCUUGAGGAAGUGGCGUGGGAUCCUCCCGCCGUCCAUGCGCCCGGGGGCGGAGCAGGAGGUGGCGGACUCCUUGCUCCUGUUGUCGGGGCAAGAGGAGGCGCCGCGGAAGAGGAGGUUCGUCUGCAGCGGGUGCAACCGGGCUCGUAUAUGA